AUGGAUGAUCAGCCGAUUGCGGAGGAGAUCCUACUGCAGGAGGAGAAGCCAUGUCCAGUGAGGACAGACGGGCUGAGCCAUGACGUCACAUUGACCUGGGCCUUCCUGCCUAUGGACACGUUCAUGGAGGUCCCUCAAACAGACAGGGGGGACCCAAAGGGUGCACUGUCCACGGCCUCAAGGGCUAUGGACACGUUCACGGAGGUCCCUCAGCGCAGGGCAGACGGCUCUGCAUGUGGCUAUCGAGAGGAGGAGCUUGGCAAGAUCAGGCUGCUGAAGCACAUGCUGAAUCGAGAGUUUGAGGACAAAGAGUCUCGUCCCCUGUCCAGGAAGUUCACUGAAUGGGUGUAUGAACCGGUCCACUCGUCUUUAUACGACACCAGCUCCAUCGACACGGAUGAAGAACACUCUGUGCUGGAGAUCAUUGUGUUCGGCAGCCAAAUCCCUAACCGCAUAGAGAUGCUGCAGCUGGAGCCUCUGCGCAGUCUUCUGAAGGAUAAGUGGGAGCGCUUUGCAUCCAAACUCUUUCUAUUUAACUUUGUGGUUUACAUGGUUUACCUGAGCAUCUUCACAGCUGUUUCCGUCAACAGGAACGUGGGACUGUUCACUAUUGGAAUGGGAAAUCUAGGAUCCGUUCUGACCAUUGAGCCGGCCUUUGGCUUCCUGCUCAUCCUCUACAUUGUGCUCACCUACAUCCUGAUGCUGAACAUGCUCAUCGCCGUCAUGGGAAACACAGUGGCGGAGAUCUCUAGUGAGAGCGAGAACAUCUGGAACCUGCAGGUGCACCCGUGA